ACCCAGCUGGAGAAUAAUAACAACCGGACAUGGACCACUGCGCUUAUGGUACAUAGAAAAUGUUACCGAAACUACUAGCAUUUGAUUUCAUGAUCCCAGUACAAUCAAUUUUACGUCUGCUAUGGAAUAUGCCGUAAAAUAUGGCGCCUUAAGGAAGAUGUACGAAUUUCUCGAAAAGGGCAAUGGGGGUUACGUGACAAUUCUGACAUCUCUUUUCAUCGCUAACCAACACAUCGUAAUAUUAAUCGAUCUGCUUAUGUAAAUGACGCAGUAACACCGCCGAUUGCAGACUGGCGGGAAAUUUAAAACUUUUGCACUUUAAUGGAUAACUCCAAUUUUGAGUUGAAUAUGUUUUCAAAUCCUCGAUACCACUUGUUCUGAUGAUGUUUAUCUUUAGUCUGGAAGUCAAUUCGUGAUAUUUCAAGGUUUGAUAUUCCCAGGCUAUGGAAAGUAUGGUUGAGGAAAAUGGAUCAGCUGUUGACCCAUUGUCUGCAGGUUCUCAAAGCGGCGAUGCAGCACCAGCAAUAGCAACAUCGGUACAAUCUCUCAAUAGAACACAGCAGCAAACUCAUCAUCUGGUAGCUUCUACCAGCAUUGUGCAACUGACACUACCUACGUCAGGAACAACACAGGUACAAUCUGUUAUACAGCCUAAUCAACAAUCAGUAAUUCAGACUGCAACAAAUAUUCAACCUGUUGCUAUUUCAAAAGGAAAUGUCAUUCUUGUCAGUAAACCCAACUCCGUUAUACAAACAGCUCAAGCAAGUUUACAAACGCUUCAGGUGGUUGAGACUGGUAGUGAUGAUAGUUUCUCAGAUUCAGAAGAAUCUCCAGAACAAAGAGGAGGUAUCCUUACCAGACGACCUUCAUAUAAAAAAAUUCUUAAUGACUUAGGUGGUGGUGAAAUUACUGUAAUUCCUGCUGGUACCAUUCAAAUUGCAACCCAAGGUGAAGGUGUUCCUGGACUUCAUACACUAACUAUGAGUAAUGCAGCAACAGCAGGUGGAGCUAUAGUUCAGUAUGCACAAGGCCAAGAUACACAAUUUUUUGUUCCAGCUUACACAGGACAUGGUGUUGUAGUAGAAGAUGCAGCUAGAAAAAGAGAAUUGAGGUUGCUCAAAAAUAGACAAGCAGCCCGCGAGUGUAGAAGAAAAAAGAAAGAGUAUAUAAAGUGUUUAGAAAACCGUGUUGCAAUACUGGAAAAUAGAAAUCAGACGUUAAUAGAAGAACUCAAAUCAUUAAAACAACUAUGCGAACCGAAAACUGACUGAGGUUGGUGUUUAAUGUUGAAACAUUGUAUGAAAACUAUUAACUUGCUAAAAAAAAUUGUACAUGUCUUCUUUGUGUACAUUAUCUUAAAAGUUGUUAAGUAAGCAAUGGUGAUGUACAUGCAUUCUUAUAAAUAAGUGUUUCUGUAACAUACUGUAUUUAAAAUGCGAAUAUAAAGGCUUGUGAAACUUGCUAUUACUAAAGCGAGAAGCCAAAGGUAUAUGAGAUGCAGAGAUAGCAAACUUAUAGGCAAUAUUCUGGAAGUCAAUCUAUAUUUUGGAUAACAAUCAUAUGAAUUUAGGUUAUUAAUGAUUACAUAUUCAAAAUAUGUUGAUAACAAGAUAAUGACAUUAGUGUUUGGAGCAUAUUCAUUUAUAUUACAGUAACUAUGUGAUGUCAAAUGAUAUAUUUGAAACUUUCAAUUAUAUAUAAAUAUUGUAUUCUUAUGUUUGAUUCUAUUUGAAAAAUUUUAUAUUAGUAAAAAGUAAAGAGCAUUACAAAAAAAAAAUGAAGAGAGUGUAUUUAGUAAUCAAUUUAAUAUAAAUAAUUGGUCACUAAAAAUACACAUAUUUGAAAGAAACGCCUUAUACACAAUAUUUGCUAGUAUAAUUAGAAAUUAGAUAUAACUAUAAAUUAAGAUCACAUAGUUUCUGCAUAAAAAAAAGCAUAGUUGUUAGAUAACAGUGUCUAUAUAAUUUUUUUCCAAUUUCUUUAUUCUUUUAUACUUGAAAAAGUAGAUCCAUUAAAAAAUGAAUCUAUUAGAAGUAUUUGAGGCAUAAAUAAAGAAAUUAGAGAUAAUUGUAAAAAUAUAAAUAGAUCGAAAUUCUACUACUUUGAUCAUUGCUGCUGCGACAUGUAUAUGUAUAAAAUAUUAUCUCAAUAUAAUUUUUUACUUUAAAUACGAACUUCAGAAACAUAUUAUGAAAAAAAUGUAACUUAUAUAAUGUAGAAAAGCACUAGUUAAAAUAUUUUCAUUUGAUUUUAUUUUCUAUUUUAAGACGCCUUAAGUGCGAAAAGCUGAAAAACAGAAUUUGUAAAAUAUGAAUGUAAUAUAUAUAGAUAUAUAUAUAUAUACAUAUAUAUAUAUAUAUCUGGAGUGCCUUGAAGAUUUCUGUAUACAUAUGGUAUACAAAUAAACGUGCGCAAGUGCGUUCAUACAUAUGCAUACCUAAGUAUGUGUCAAAUUACACAUUUUAAGUAAAUAUGGGUAUAUGCAAUAUUUUUAAAUUACAUAUUAUGUUAUAAUUUUAUGUUCUGCGUAAAAUCAUACAGUUAUGUUAAAAUUAAAAUUUCUAUUCCAAUAUAUCUUCAUAUCUUUUGAAAUUAAAUAAAAUUUUUAAAUCACUAGUAUAAAUUAUAUAAUAUAUUCUAAAUUGCAUACAGAUAUGAUUGAAUUUGAAUCAUGUUACAGUAGAAAACAGAAUGUAUUACAAUCAAAUAAUUUAUAUAUUAUGAUUUUUAAUAUCAAGAACAAGAAAUUAUUUUUUAAUAUCUGACACAUAUUUAAAAAGGAUUAUUUGUCUAAUGCAUUUUUUCUUCAUAAAAUCAAUGUUAUAUAACAUAAGUAUAAAACUAUUUGAUAUAUAAUUUUGAUUGUUAUAUAUUUAUAAAAAAAAAGAUUUGAAUAUUGAAAAUCCAGUUUGAUCAUUCGAUAAUUUAAAAUAAUUAUUUAAUAAGUUUGUGUAUAAUUUGCUGAUUUUGAAGAAAUGAUAUAAUUUUUUUUUAUAAAAUGUUAAAAUAUAUUAUUAUUUGUAAAAUUAUUUAUAAAAAGUAUAGUAAUAAUAAUAGCUAUAUAGUAAUAACUAUUUGUAUAUAUUAUUUUUUUAUAUCAAUAAUAUAUAUUUUUUUAACAAAAUCAAAAUAAAUUUUAUGAUUGAUCAGACUGGAAAAUUUUUUUGUAUAGGCACAAUGCAUAAGUUUUCAAAUUAUUUACUGUUAAAUUUUUCAUUUUGAUAAUAGAAAAAAAAAUAGUUAUAUAAUGUUCUUAUGUGCUUAACAUGUAAUUUGUAAUUAUACAAUUUUAUUGAAUUGGAAAAUAGAUUAUUUCCAAAUUAUUCCCUAUAAAAUGAGAGUACAAUGUGCUUAUAGUGAUAUGUUACAAAAUAAGAACCCACUAUAAGUUUCUUUUCUCGGCAGAUUUGAAUUUGACUUUAAUUUAGACUGUACACAUCAUCUGUGUUUUAAUGUUAAUUAUAUGUAUGAUAUAUGUA